AUGGCAGGUAGAGAUACAUCCUCUGCACAGCUUAGUUCUGGGAUCAGUGUCACUGUUGUCAAAGUUAUGUGUGGAAGUCCGGCAGGAAUGGGACAGCUUAUGAAGUAUUUUGAAUCUCAGAGCAGACGUUUAGACAGACAAACUUUCCAGUCCCAUCCAAGCCUAAACGCAGAUUUUGAAUCUAAAAUCAAGUUUAAUGGAGUGCCUAUAUUGCCACCUGCUAUGACAUCUAGCAGACGUGAUGAACUUCGCCAGUAUAAGAAGGAUGCGGUUUUGUUAGAGAAACGAUUAAAAGCCAGGCAUCGAAGAGAGCUGUUGGCAAAAGCUGAUUCAUUGGUUAACCAGUCUCAGGUUUGCUUUCCUAGGACGUCUUCAAGACAGACAGCUAGGCAGUUGAACUUUGACUCUGAAGGACAAAAUGAAUCAAGCAGUUCUAAUCAUCAGUAUGACAGGUUUUUGGGCACACAUACAUUUAGUACAGUUGCUGAAGCUGAUACAGUCAAUGAUUCGGAUGACUUUGGCCUUCAGACAAUGGACUCUGUCAACUCAGAUUUUAUGUCUUUAGGUUCUGAAUCAAUUCCAAAAGUAUUCAGUGGCCUUGUGUUGACUUCCGUUAAAGAACAGAAAAUUUCUUAUGACCUCGAUCGUCUGUCAAAAGCCUUGAAUGUUCAGGAUCUGACAUCCUCAAGUGGCAGUGAUUUAAGUGAUUCGAUGGACUUGCCCCAGACACAAGACAAUAGAAGUAUCCAGGCUGCCAAGGAUAGAAGCAUUUUACCAACCACAGUUAGUCCAGAAGAUAAGUUUCCCAGUCAGAGAGGUACCACUGAAAGUAUACCUCAUUCGGCGAGCUACCAUCAUGAUACUGAUGAUAUGUCGGUUAGGGAGUUACUGCAGUCGGCAAAACAGUCUUUAGAAUCUGGUAAGAUAACUACAAAUGACAUCAUGUCAUCAGGUUUUAUAGAAAAGGCAAAUUCAGAACAGUCUCACAAUAGCCACAGUAGCUCACCAGGCUCUGGGAUUGCUAACAUGUCAGCACCUGCAGAUGGACAGUGGAGCAACAGAAGUAGCCCAAAGUCUCAGAAAAGUGGAGUCCACUUUGCAUCAUUUGUCACCGAAUACAUCAAUACAAGUGCAAGGACAGAACAACCAACUGUGAUCAAAAAGAAAAUGAAUUCUGAUUCUCAGGGUGUCACUAAACAAACCAGUGAUGACAAUACAGUUUUACCUAUAAUAUUAGAUCCUAGUGAAUCUCGUAAGAGAAGCUUGUUGUCACAGAAAGUUUUUGAUUUUGAAAAUAGUAUAGGAAUAAUGGAUAAAGUUUCUGCCCAUCCAGAUAAUUCAUCCCCACCUACUUCCCCUUUCAGCAGUAGUCAGAUACCAUUUCAGUUGUACGGAAGGUCUGAAUUGAGCAGCUCAGACAAAGAGAAUGAUGUUACACAAUCAUAUAAAACUAUCCAGCAUGGUCAUAAAAGAGCAGUGGAACCUGAUAACAGUUCAGGACGCAGUUUGCGUGAAAGAGUGGGUACAGAAUCUCUAAUGUAUGACAGCAGACAACAGAUCUGUGUAGAAAAGAUGACUGGUAAUUCCUCUGCAGCUGGUGCAAGAAUUACAGUUGGAGAUAAUAUCUUAAAAAAUUUAGCACGUCAUUCUGAAGGAAUAUUAUCUUCUGUUGUCAGGGAAGGUGGAAUAUCUUCAGAUUCACUGGUUUCUGGCUCUAGUUCUUCACUUACUGCCAGUGACACAACAUCUGUAACGAACUCCACCACUUGUUUCAUUGCUAAGUCAGUUACUGUUGGUACAAUUUCCAUGGAGAACAAGUUAGUUUCAGACUCUCAGGCUUCAACCAGGUCAAACACACUAACGAAUACAUCAGAAUCAAGCAGCAGCACUGUUAGAGAGGAGCUCCCUAAAGAUGUUUCCACUGUAGGUAUGAACAUUAUUAAUACAGAUCUGCUGUCUGCUAGCACAGAGAGUCAAGAAAAACCAGAACGCAUUGUUAAAACUGUCAAAGAGCUUCAGCCUUGUCAGUCAGAGUCUCCAAAGAAACUCAACAUAAAUAGUUCAUUCAGAGAAUCAGACACACAAGAAAAUGUGACACCCUCCAGAAGCAACAUAUGCAGGAAUUCCUAUACUUUAAAUGAACCUUCACCGGCUUUAAUCCAGGCACAUGGCAGACCAGAAAAGAAUAAUACAAGGGAUAAGAAUGCUGAACUGAAUGUAACAGUGAAAGCAGACAUAGCCAUUCCAAGCAGAAAACAGCAAACUGUUGGUGAUCAGAUAUCACCAAAAAGAUUGCAGACUACGUUAAAGAAUACAGCAGCUUCUGAAUUGAAUGUGAAAACCUCAUUAUUGUCAGAUGCUGAGAAAGAAGGGAAAGCAGAACAUAUCAAUAAAUAUCUGAAUCAAGUCCAGCUUCAAAACUCCAUGAACUUUACUGGUCAGAGCUGGAACACUCAGAACAUGCCUGAUGAUAUAGAACCUGAUGAAGAGGCUCAGCCCAUAUCUGCAGCAACAGAUAAUGAUGAUUGCCACACAUCUGUACUGGAUGUCCUGAGGUCUGUAGUUGAAAGUCAGGGCAGUCUAGAAAAACAUACAGUAGCAGAACUACUGGACCUGCACCAGCAGCAAAUGAAUGAGAGGAGGCAGUCACUGAUUAGACAGCAGCAGAGAGAGAUGGAAGAGCUGUUUGUUCAGCAGAGACGCCAAAUGAUGCUGCUGGAUGCUGAGAUCAAAGCAGUUCAACAGCAGGAGCAAGAGCAGAAGCAGUUUCUCAUAGAGAAUGCUCCUGAAAAUAUUAAGGUGAAAUCUAAAAAUAAAAAUGGAGAGUAUAGUCCUCUGCAGACUGGCAAUUCUGACAGUAAUGAAGCAAAAAGUUGGCAAUCAAAACCAAAACCCAUGACAGAGGCUUCAGUUAAUGUUCCAGGUAGUUUAUCAGCUCAUGCUUUCAAUCAGUCAUCAUCAGAUAAACACUCACCAGUGACCAGCACAAGGUUAAAGCUUAAAUCUGACCCGGAAAUGGAUACUAAAUCAGGAAAACCAGAACAAGUGAAACCAAAAUCCUUUUAUCAGACAAAGAAAAACAGUAUGUUGCACAGCUCCCCUCAGAGUACAAGUGAUGAUAGUCAGACGAGAGUGAAACAUGUUGGUGAUGAUUUUUACUCCAGUGUUGCAUCUGGUGUCAGAGUUGUCAGUCGGAUUCCAGAACUGAGUACUUCAACAACAUCUCCACAUUUGCGACAUCCUCUUGUGGUGAGGUCUCCACAGAAGUACACCCCAAAACAACGAAAUGACAGAGUUGUCGUUCCACAAGAGGUGAAUUGUUAUUCUCUUGAGUGUCUUUUUAUUGACACCCGGGAAUUUGCCUUUAGUUUCCAAACUGAAACUCCAAUUAAAAAAGGCGUCUUCACAUCGCAGGACAAAGUCUUGCUAGAACGAAUCAUAGCACAGCUUCAAGCAGCACUUUUAGACAUUCACGAGAUCUUCUUUGAAAUCCCAGUUACUGAUCGCCUGUUGUUGAUAGAGCAGACACGCUUCAGUGAGCAAGAGAAGAGAGCCAAAGCUUCUGCUAGAGACAGCAUGAGAGAAUCCAUCCCUAAAAUUAGCCAGGCAACAUUGAAAGCAUUGGAAAGGAAGCGAAAAUCCAGAGAGGGAGGGGCAUCAGCAGAUGUAAAUACAUCAAGACCCAAAACUGCACCACCAAGAACCAGUAGCCCACAGCAUGAGAGUCACAUAGACAGCAGAGCUUGGAAGCCACUGCCAGGUCACUCUCACAUUUCCCCUAUAAGACCUGAUGCAAACAGACCAGAAAGGGGACCACCAGAUAUAGGUAAAGACCGACAGCUGAUCCAGCCCAAACGUAUUGUAGCUAUGCCUAACAGGUCUGGUAAUGCCCUCGUGGGAAACAACACAGACACUCAGAAAAAGGGCUCUCUGAAACUGAGUGUUGUGACAAACAAACCUGGGCUGAAAUCAAAACCUGCACUCAACAAAGCAAAAAAUCGACCUCUCAAGUCAUGGAAGUAA